GCUGCUGCUUUGCUUGCUGCUGCUGCUGCUGAGGCUCUCAGGAAGGCAUCUAUGGAUCGCAGCUCCCUGCUGCAGCUCAUCCAGGAGCAGCUUGAUCCUGACAACACUGGUUUCAUCGGCGUGGAGACCUUCGCCAGCCUGGUGCACAGCCAUGAACUGCCCUUGGACCCGGCCAAACUGGAAAUGCUGGUGGCACUGGCCCACAGCAACGACGAAGGACAGAUCUGCUACCAGGAGCUGGUAGACCUGGUCAGUGGCAUCAGCAGCAAGCGGUCCAGCAGUUUCAAGCGAGCCAUCGCCAAUGGUCAGAGGGCACUGCCCCGGGAUGGACUCCUGGAUGAGACCGGCCUGGGCUUCUACAAGCGUUUUGUCCGCUAUGUGGCGUAUGAGAUCCUGCCCUGUGAGAUGGAUCGGCGGUGGUACUUCUACCAACACCGCGCUUGUCCGCCACCAGUAUUCAUGGCAGUCGUCACACUAACCCAGAUCAUCGUGUUUCUCUGCUAUGGGGCCCGGUUGAACAAGUGGGUGCUGCAGACGUACCAUCCGGAGUACAUGAAGAGCCCCCUGGUCUACCAUCCAGGGCAUCGCGCGCGCGCCUGGAGGUUCCUCACGUACAUGUUUAUGCAUGUGGGGUUGGAACAGUUAGGCUUCAAUGCCCUUUUGCAGCUGAUGAUUGGGGUGCCCCUCGAAAUGGUCCACGGCGUCCUUCGCAUCAGCUUCCUCUACCUCGCAGGUGUUUUGGCAGGUUCUCUGACCGUCUCCAUCACAGACAUGAGAGCGCCUUUGGUCGGAGGCUCAGGGGGAGUCUACGCUCUUUGCUCAGCACAUCUGGCCAACGUUGUUAUGAACUGGGCAGGAAUGCGCUGUCCAUAUAAGCUGCUCCGCAUGGUGCUGGCACUGGUGUGCAUGAGCUCUGAGGUGGGCCGAGCCGUCUGGCUGCGCUUUUCGCCCCCCUUGCCCUCCUCGGGCCCCCAGCCGAGCUUCAUGGCCCACCUGGCAGGGGCAAUCGUAGGCAUCAGCAUGGGCCUGACUAUCCUCCGGAGCUAUGAGGAGAACCUGCAGGAUCAGUGCGGGUGGUGGGUUGUGCUCCUCUCUUACGCCACCUUCUUGGUCUUUGCCAUCUUCUGGAACAUCUUCGCCUACGACCUUCUAGGGGCACAGAUUCCACCUCCUCCUUAGCGGUCUGCCCAGCCCCAGUUCUCUCUGCAACACUUAACCUGGAAGUGCCCAACAUUGCAGACA